UGCCCUCCUCCCUCUCAGCCUCGGCGAGAAACAUCCGGAUUUUCCUCACAGCAACUUCUCCCGCCUGCUUGUCCAGCUUCCUGUCGCAAUAAACACCAACAGCAGUUAAUAUAAUCAGCAUGGCGCUUCCGAAGCGGAUUGUCAAAGAGACCGAAAGGCUGAUGGCCGAGCCUGUCCCCGGUAUUAGUGCUAUCCCCCACGAGGACAACCUUCGCUAUUUCGACGUCGAGAUCCACGGCCCUUCGCAAUCGCCAUAUGAGAGUGGCGUCUUCAAGCUCGAACUCUUCCUCCCCGAUGACUACCCCAUGACCCCUCCCAAGAUCCGCUUCCUUACCAAGAUCUACCACCCCAACGUCGACAAGCUGGGUCGCAUCUGCCUCGACGUCCUCAAGAACAACUGGUCCCCCGCCCUGCAAAUCCGCACUAUCCUCCUCUCCAUCCAAGCCCUCCUAGGCGCUCCCAACCCCGACGACCCGCUCGCCCCCGACGUGGCCAAGACCUGGAAGGAGAACCCCAACGUCGCCGUCGCCACCGCCCGGGAAUGGACACAGAAGUAUGCCUUGCCCCAGUAGGGUGGGAGGAGGCUGGCACCAGGGCUCAACGAAGUGCCGGGACAGGGCCUCGAGGCUAAUGCGGCGCCAACAUAUUUUGACCCAAAUGGGAACUUUGACCCAUACCAGUUCGGGC